AUGGUAACUCGCGAGAGAGCAGCCGCCGCGCUUUCUGGCUCCAACUCGAGCUCGUUAGUCUCCCCCGGCUCAGCAGGAUCAGGGUCCAGCUCGACACCUGAGUCCGUCCCGGGCUCGGUAGCGGCGGCCUUGAUGAGCCCUAUUGCGAUCGCUGGCGCAUCGGGCUCGCAGAGCGUACCUCUGCCUCCGCCUCAACCGGUGCCGGUUCCGGUAUCGGCGCCAGACCACGUACCGCACAUGUUACAAAGGGUAUACGGUUCAGCGCUAGACGGGUUGCUCAUCCCCUCUUCGGAAGUCAUCCUUCGGUUUCUAAACUUUGCGCCCAUGUUCAGAGAGGUCAUUAACGUCCAGGACAUGAUAUCCCUCUUCAACGGUGAAGUCUCGGACGAGUCCGCCUACCCAACACUAGCGCUCGUCCAUGCCAUCUGCGCAGUGGCGUACCUCGCCGACCCGGCUACUUCGGGGGCGGCACCGGCGGAAGCGCAAAAGGCUCAGAUGGCGAAUGAUGUCUUGUUUGAUGGGGGCCGGUCUAGGCUGGGGUCGAAUAUCAUCUUGACCGUCAUCAUACGCCUCUUCUACAACCUCUACCAAGGCACCCUGAUGCAGAACUCGCGUCUCUCCGUCGAAGCUAUCGGAUGGUGCAACUCUGCGGGCUUACACCUCGAUCCGGACCUGAUGCCGGACGGGAAUGUGACGGGGAAGCAGGCGCCGCUGGUCAGUCCGGAGAAUGUGUUUUGGUUGGCUUAUAUCUUGAACAUACAAGUUCUGGUCUGCUCCGUCCCGUUCAGUCUGGGCCAGCUGAGGAAUUGCGAAAUCACCUUGCCUGUCCCGUCCGCUCUCGACGCCCAUGGGAGACGGAUGGGCGAGAAGCAGUGUCCGGACUCGCCGGAUCUUUUCUCGCAACAUCAACAUACCACGUGGUUCGGCCUCUACGUCAAAUCCGCCAUCCUCCUCCGAGAUACCCAAUACUUUGUCAACCGCAUCAUAAUCCUCAGGACCCCACUUCCCAUCGACGAUGUCAUCAGCGAGCUCGAUCGGCUUGGGACACAGCUGUGCGCUUUGCAGGAAACGUAUAUGACCGUCCAGUGCUCGCCUGCGCAGGCUUUGACGGUCGGAGAGGAUGCGCUCCAUGUGACCCAAACCAUGACUCACGCUCGAAUACCAGAUAUCGAGCCGUUUGUGGUGUACGCAUGGAUGAUGGUGAACCGGAUCUGCCUCCAUCCGGAUACAUCACCCGAAUUCGAAGGACAACUCGAUGCGACUCGGUCCGUCGCCAUUGCCGAUGCUACCUUUAAAGCAAUAGAAGCGGUCGAAGCGGUCGGUGUGCCGGCCGCUCAAGGCUGUAUGCGCAUCCUGCGGUCUUCUCAGGGGAUAUUACCGCCUGACGCUCCGAUCUCAGAGAUUGAGCUAGCGUUGGCGCAUUUCUCGCGAUAUGCCAACGACCCGCACUUUUACUUCACGAAUUAA